AUGCAGACGAAUCAGGAUUAUUUUGGAAGGUUCUGCCAGAUAAGACUAGCUUCUUCUGCUGAAACUAGUGCUCCUGGAUCCAAGGUAUCUAAAGAAAGAAUCACUUUUAUGCCUUGUGCAAACUCGACAGGGAAUCAUAAAUUACAGUUACUAGUCGUGGGUAAGGCCAAAAAGCCAAGAUCUUUUGGAUCCGUAAAAUUACCGGUGCAUUAUCAAGGACUAAGGCGUGCUUGGGUAACUAGAGAUAUUUUCCUGGAGUGGUUCAGAGGACAUUUCGUUCCAGAAGUUAAACGUCAUUUGAAGAAAUUAGGUCUACCACAAAGAGCAUUGUUACUCCUAGAUAAUGCGCCCGGACAUCCAAAUGCUGAAGAUUUGACUACAGAAGAUGGCAAUUUUUCCGUACUGUACAUGCCACCAAACUGCACAUCCUUGAUUCAGCCGAUGGAUCAAAACGUAAUUCAAAAUGUCAAGAUAAAUUACAAGAAGAAACUGCUGAUUCAAGUUUUUGCGCAGCAAGAAGAUGAUGAAAGU